AGUCCACACAUGGUGAAAAUUGAUCCUCUACGAUGUGCCCGGAGAGUAUCCAGGUAUCGGACGCGGGCAGUGCAACCACGGAUAGCGUGGGGUUUGUCUGUCGUUUGUGGACUGCAUUGGCCCACGACUGGUGUUUGUUUGUCGACCAAGACCUGCCUAUCAUUAGUUUGAUCACAUCCUCACAUUUAUACGCUUGACUAACAAUCCUCAGUCUAUACAUACCAAUGCCCAAUCCCUUCCUUGAAAAGCUCUUCUCCCUGGAUGGCCGCCUCGCCGUCGUGACGGGCGGAACGCGGGGCAUCGGGCAGGCCAUGGCCGUUGCGCUCGCAGAGGCCGGUGCCGACAUCAUUCUAAUUCAGCGCGACGAGAGCAACCUCGACACAAAGUCCCAAAUCGAAGCCCUCGGCCGCAAAGCAACCGUCUACACCUGCGACCUCUCAUCCCAGGAAUCCGUCGAGCGGCUGGCACCAAGGAUUCUAGCCGACGGCCACGACGUCUCCGUCCUCGUGACCUGCGCCGGCAUCCAAAGGCGCCACCCAGCACACAUCUUCCCCAUGGGUGACUGGGACGAGGUCCUUCAAGUAAAUCUCAAAACCGUCUGGACGCUUGACCGGGAUUUCGGCGCCUACAUGCUCACUCGGCCGGCCGACCCGGCCACCGGCCACCGCGGGAGCAUCAUCAACGUCGCGUCGCUCGUUUCCUUCCAGGGCGGCAUCACGGUUCCGGCGUACGCGGCGGCCAAGGGUGGCAUCGCGCAGCUGACCAAGGCGUUGAGUAAUGAAUGGGCGAGCAAAGGCGUCAAUGUAAACGCGAUUGCGCCGGGCUACGUCGCUACGGAUAUGAACGAGGCUUUGCUCAAGGACGAGGCGAGGGCGGCGAGCAUUUUGGCUAGGAUCCCCGCUGGAAGGUGGGGGAAUGCGGAUGACUUCAAGGGCGCGACGGUGUUUUUGGCAGGGAGGGGCAGCUUGUACGUUUCAGGGGAGCUUUUGACUGUUGAUGGGGGUUGGAUGGGGAGGUAGAGGAUUGAGAUGCAGAGCCUUUGCAGACUUCUUCAAGCACAUCGGAUGCCAUCGUGACUUUGUUACAGGACCUCGACUCGGGGCAGAAAAAUCGUGGGGAGUUGCAGCGUGAGGGGUAGCUCUCCACAUUGUACCCGUACCCCCAUCAUCCCCGGUCCAUCCCAUCCCACAACCCGCCAGAUGCUGGGCAGCGAGGACAGAGCGGGGACGUGGCAGCGAGCUCGGAUGGACAAGCCCGUAGUCGGAAAGCUAACUUUUCUGUCUUUCCAUAGCAACCUUUCUUGGGCCUGGUGCAGAGUUGACCAGAGGAAAAAAUGUUCUCACAACAUCCAUG